AUGACUUUGUUUAAUUACCCCCACCGCUACCCGUUAAAUGUUUGUUUUUUUUCGGGUAUUUUCUUUCUCAUUAUUUUCUUUGUCUUUUGUCUCGUCUUCGUCGUAGCUGAUUUCCUUAUCAGAAACUUACACAAUAAAAGAACUUCCGAAGAAGAGGAUGCUCAUUUCCUUUUCUUUAAUUUCUCCCGCCCUUAUUUUUCUUUUCGUCAUUUUAUAAUUCCUCUUUUCCUUUCUCUUUUCCUUCCUUUGCAUUCUUUUCCUUCCAUCAUUCUAUUUUUUUUUCAUUUUCUUAAUUUUUUCCUUUUUCUAACAAUAAGUAAUUUCUUUGGUCAUUUCCUUAUUUUUAUCAUUUUUUUCUUUAUUCGUUUUUUUCUUUAUUAUUACAACUCAUUCAUUCUUUUCUUUUUUCUUAAAGUUUUGUGUUUUUCUUUCUUUCUCUUUCUUCUUUUUCUAAUUCUCUCUUUUCUCCCGUUUUCUCGUACAUUCUUUCUAUUUUUACCCAUCUUUUUCUUUCUUUUACGGAUUCAAUCUUUUCUUUCUUUCUUUUCUUUUUAUAAAAAAAUCUUUAUUUUCUCUAUUCUCCUUCCUACCUUUUUCAUUCAUUCAUUCAUUCAUUCAUUCAUUCUUCUUUCCCUCUCUUUUCCCUGUCCUUCUUUCUUCGCUUCCUCCUUUCUAUCUUCAUUUCGAUCUUUUGCAAAUUAUUCCAUUCCAUUAAUACUCUUUCAUUUUAUCUCACUAUAUUUCUUCACUCCAUAUUUUUCUUUCUUUUGUUUUUCUUACAUUCUACCUUCUCACCUACCCUUCUUUCAUUUCCUAUUCCGCUUUUCUUCCCCUCCUGAUUUUUCAUUUAGUACGGUUAAUAUUACCAUCUAUCUAUCUAUCUAUCUAUCUAUCUAUCUAUCUAUCUAUCUAUCUAUCUAUCCGAGUUGCUGUGAUAUUCUCUAA